AUGGAAUAUACCCGCCCGCCGCCUCGUCCCGACUUCAUCGUCUCUCACGGCCGUCCAAAGUUCCAUCCUCAACAGGUGCACGUAUCAUUGGCGGGUAAGGACCACAUGAGGGUAACAUACACAACGGACGACCACAACGUGGCGUCGAUGGUGGAGUACGGUAAACGCCGAAAAAAGUACGACAGAAAAACCGCCGGAGAAUCCACUUCUUACAGAUUCCUCCUCUACAGCUCCGGAAAGAUCCACCAUGUCAAGAUUGGACCUCUCCAACCCAACACCAUCUACUAUUACCGUUGCGGCGGCCACGGUGACGAAUAUUCUUUCAGAACUCCUCCGGCCACUUUUCCAGUCGAGUUCGCCGUCGCUGGUGACUUAGGGCAAACUGAGUGGACGCUGGGAACAUUAGAGCAGAUAUCGAAACGUGAUUUCGAUGUCUUCCUACUUCCUGGUGACCUCUCCUAUGCGGACACCCACCAGCCACUUUGGGACUCCUUUGGCCGCCUCAUAGAGCAACUGGCUUGCAGCCGCCCUUGGAUGGUCACCGAGGGAAACCACGAGAUCGAGUCUUACCCGGUCAUUGAACAAUUUGAACACAUAAGCUUUAAAGCAUACAAUGCCCGAUGGCUAAUGCCUCACGCCGAAAGCGCCUCUCGCUCCAACCUUUACUACUCUUUUGAUGUAGCCGGUGUUCAUACGGUUAUGCUUGGUUCUUACACCCGCUUUGACAGCCAUUCCGAUCAGUACCGGUGGCUCCAGUCAGAUUUAAGAAAGGUUGACCGUAAAAAGACGCCGUGGUUGGUGGUGGUGAUGCACACGCCGUGGUACAGCACAAACAUGGCUCAUGAAGGUGAAGGAGAAAGUAUGAGAAAGGCCAUGGAAGGUUUGCUCUUUCGUGCUCAAGUGGACGUCGUUUUUGCUGGUCACAUUCAUACCUACGAACGUUUUAAGCCGACAUACAACCACAAGGCCGACCCAUGUGGACCAAUGCACAUAACAAUCGGUGACGGUGGCAAUCGAGAAGGGCUUGCUUUAAGGUUUAGAAAGCCUGCUUCACCUUUGUCCGUAUUCCGUGAAUCGAGUUUUGGUCACGGGAGAUUAAGAAUCAUAGACAAUAAAAGAGCACACUGGUCGUGGCAUAGAAACAACGAUAACUACUCAGUUAUUGCCGAUCAAGUAUCGUUCCAAAGCCCUAGGACAUCAUCACGUUGUAUUUUCAAUCGUUUUAGAAGUGAGCUCUAA